AUGAACACCGUUCCCUCCCCUCAACCUUCCCAACUCUCUGCCCUCGAAGACUGGCUACGCGACUUCAGAGGCGGCAAUCCCUUCCUCCAGUCCAACGAAGCCUUCAGCUGGGCAGACCCCAACCCCUCGUCAUAUCUCUGCCUAAGCGCACCGGUCAAGGAAACCGACCCUUGUACCACUUUCAUCACUGAGAAGAUUCUCAGAACUUAUCGCCACCUCCUCGGCCAUCGCGUCAACACCGGCCAGGCUGUCGACACAGACACAGGCCACACUUUGUACAGUCCUUCUCGAAUCAGCAAAGCAAGCAGUCUCAUCACAACUGUUCUUGCGUCUACCUUACCGGUAUUGACAAUCCUGGUGCUGAACCGGCUAGACAGCACCGAUGCGAGAAUAGGGGUGACAGCAGGGUUUAUGGCGCUGUUUGCGCUGGUGAUUGCCGUGUUUAGCGAUGCGAAGAGGAUAGAGGUUUUUGCGGCUACCGCUACGUAUGUUGACCCUGUGUCGGGAAUCCACAGGGUGAAUGACUGA